GCGUACGCUCGCAGCGAGCUGUCCGCCGUCGAGGAGCGCCUCAACCGGCAGGUGCAGCGGAUCCAGGACCAGCAGGAGAGCCUCUUGGACAGCGCACUGCGGCCGCUGCGAGCCCAGGUCGAGGCGCUGCACACCCGCGUGUCCGAGCUGGGCGGCAGCGUCAAGGGCGUGGAGGACGGCCUGGACGCCCACGUGCGCCGUGCCGAGGCAGCGGACGCGCAGCUCCGGGGCUGGCGGCGGUCGCUGGAGGAGGGCCUGCGGUCCAGGCCCGCCGAGGCGCCCGCGGCCGCCCCCCCGAGGGGCGCGGUGACGCGGCAGGACCUGGGCGAUGUCGCGGACGUCCUCCGGCGCGAGCUGAGGAAGAUGGUGGGGGACCUCGCCGCGGACGACGGCUGCAUCGUGGCCAUCGCGCGCAGGGAGGCCGUCGGCGCCCUGGAGCCGCUGCGGCGGGACUUCGCCGCGGAGCUGGAGCAGCUGGAGCAGGAGCUGCGCCGGGGCUCCCGGGGAGACGCCUCGGCCGCGCAGCUGGCGCUGACCACGGCGCAGCAGGAGGACCUCGCGCGCGCCGCGGAGGGUCUGCGCCACGAGCUGCGCGAGGUGGUGGAGCGGACGAUGGCCUCGCGCGAGCGGGCGGCCUUUCCGGCGGACGAGGCCGCGCGCCUGGGGCACUGCGUCGAGGGCCUGGCCCGCAGGCUGGACGGCCUCGGCGAGGAGGUGUCCCGCAUCUCCGCCUCCGUGGCCUCGGCGGGCGCGCAGGCCGCCGCGGCGGCGCCGGCCGGCGGCGGCGGCCUGCCGCAGGCCACCGCCCUGGCGGGGGAGCUCGCGCAGCUCGUGCGCGGCGCCCGGGAGGCCGCCUGCCCGGGCGGCGGCGACUCGCGGCGCAGCUCGGCGCGCUCGUCCGCGGCGGCGCCGGCGGGGGAGGCGGCGGCGAUGGGGCUCGCCGAUAAGGUGGCCGGCCAGGUGGACGUGGCGGCCUCCGCCGCAGACGCCGCCGCCGCGGCCGUGCGGGACGCCCACGCGGCGGUCACGCGCUGCCAGGCGCGGCUGGACGAGGUGGCGGGCGAGGCGGGCGGCCUGCGCGCCGAGCUCGCGCAGCUGGGGGGCCGCACGGCGGGGUGCGAGCGCGGGCUGCUGGACCUGCAGCGGGCCCUGACCGCGGGCCUGCUCUCGGCCUCGCAGGCCGCGCUCCGCCGCGCGUGGCGGCCGCCGCCCCAUGGCGCCGCGCCCGGCCGCGGCCCGUGCCCUCCCGCCAGGAGCCCCUGGGGAUGCGCGGAGCCCGGCGGAGACCCCGCCCGCCCCCCGCCGGGGCCCGCUCUCUGCGAGCGGUCCGCGGCGGCGCCCGCUGUGGGCUCUCCGCCGCGCAGUGAGGUCCGCUGAGGCGGUGGCCCGGCCGCGCCCAGGCCGCGCCCCGGCCGUCGGCACUCGGCGCCCCUCUUACCUCAGGAGGGGGAAAACACGCAGACAUAAUUAAUCG